UAAUAUCCUUAACUACAAUUCCAAAAUUGAAUCCUGAUCCAAACAUUAUUGAAUAUGAUGUCGCUUCACUGGCUUAUGGAGGUUAUAUAUUAACGACUUAUAGGCUAAUAAGCUCCACUAGUUUAGGUUUUUUUCUUUAUUUGUUUAAUGAAUCGGAUCAACAAGUUACAUGGGAGUUAACUGAACCUCAACCCACUAAUUUUGCCGGUAUUCAUGAUGUUUUAAGUAACAAUACUCUUUUGCUAGCUCAAGUUGAAACUCCAACUUCUUGGAGUCUUCUUGUAAAUGAAUUGCCAAGAUUUGUCGGAAAUCAGGACCACGGCUAUCAAAAUUUUCAGGUAAACUCUUCAUAUCCAGAAAUAAAUUCCACUGUUUCAUCGAAUAUCUCUAGUAUUUCUAUCACAUAUUACAACCAAGUUGAUUUAUCGGAAGGAAAUAUUACUAUAUAUCAAAUUAUUGAUUCUGAUAAUGCGGUUGUUCGGCAAGUUGUUUCCGGUAACAAUAAUCAAUUUUGUACUCUUUCCAACGAUGGCAAGAGUGUGACUAUCAAUGUGAUACCUAGCACUUUCAAUAAUCCUGGCCAAAAAUAUUAUGUGCAAAUUGAUAACAAUUUCGUAAGAAGUCAAUCGUUUAAAGAACCUCUUCUGGGCAUUCAACCUCGUACUUGGCUGUUCACCUUAGCUCCUUUGGAGAAUUUCACGCGCGCAGCGGAUACCACUGGACUGCUAUGCCUAACAACAAAUGGAACUCGGAUUAUUCCUGUGAAACCAGAAAGAUUAAGUUCGAAUGAAAAUUCUCAAACUAUAAACGGUGGAACACCUUCAGAACAAGAUCUAAUUUCGCUUACUAUUAGUGAUCCGAAGAAUAAUAUAGAUCGAAGUGUUCCUUUAGUCAUACAAGAUUUAGACGCAAUGAUAAGAAAUAUUGAUAUUACUAUGAUAUCUGCUGGGAAUGUUACAAAAUAUUUAGAUAAAAAUUAUGGAUUUAAAGUAUCUCCAAACAUAUGGCAAACAUACAAACUCAAGUUAGUCGGAUUAUUCGUGGCUUUAUCUAUAUUUGUAAUAUUAUUCUUAGGCGCUCGACAAAAAGAACCAAAG